UUCAGUUGAGUACUGAAAACUUCUCUGGACUUUUCCUCUUUAACUUAAAGACAUUAGCUCAAAUCUUGAAACCAUAAUGUAUUUUAUGACUAAGCAGAGAAGACAAAGAUAGUUUAGCCAUUAAAUUUGAAAUAUUCUUACAACACAAUCAAUUAAAAACUUUAGAAAGCAGACUUAAAAAAAAAAAGAGAACAAGUCAAAAGAGAUUUUUACCAAAAGACCAAGAAUAAACACUAUAUAUUACAAAACAGAGGAUGCUCUGUUUCCAUCAUUCUCAAUAGCAAUGGCUUCUCUUUUCACGUCUAUCCUUCUAACGCUCUGUCUCUUCAUAAUCCCAACUCUCUCAUCUGACCCUGACCCUUUACAAGACUACUGCGUUGGAGAUCUCAGAGCUUCUCCUUCCAUAAACGGCUUCCCAUGCAAAUCAUUAGUCUCAGCAUCUGACUUCUUCUUCUCCGGCUUAGGCGGUCCUCUAAACACCUCAAAUCCUAACGGCGUAGCCAUUUCCCCCGCUAACGUAUUAACGUUUCCGGGUCUAAACACUUUAGGACUAUCAAUGAACAACGUUGAGUUCGCUCCGGGAGGUGUGAACCCUCCUCACUCGCACCCGCGUGCAAGCGAAGCAGGAGUUGUGAUCGAAGGUUCGGUCUUUGUAGGGUUCUUGACAACGAACAACACUUUGUUCUCGAAGGUUAUCAAUGCUGGAGAGAUGUUUGUUGUCCCUAGAGGUUUGGUUCAUUUCCAAUGGAACGCUGGUGAAGGUAAAGCGCGUUUGAUAACCGCUUUUAAUAGUCAGCUUCCAGGAGCAGUGGUUCUGCCUAGCACUUUGUUUGGUUCAGUGCCUGAGAUUCCAAACGCGGUUUUAACCAAAACGUUUAGGACUGAUGAUGCAACUGUGAACAAUCUCAAGUCCAAGUUUGCUGUUUGAGUCUUUUGUUUUAUGUUUUCUGAAAACGAUAUUUCUCAAUUGAUUCUAUAGCAAUAAUCUGAUAUGCUAAUGUAAUAAAAAUAAGUAUGAAUAAUAAAUUAAAAUAAUAUAAUAAUAUGAGUAAAUCUGAAACUAAACAUUAAUAAGUUUCAUCUAUUUCUA